AUGGGUGACUGGAGCUUCUUGGGAGAGUUCCUGGAGGAAGUACACAAGCAUUCCACGGUGAUCGGCAAGGUCUGGCUCACGGUCCUCUUCAUAUUCCGCAUGCUGGUGCUGGGCACGGCUGCCGAGUCGUCCUGGGGGGAUGAGCAGGCCGAUUUCCUCUGUGACACGAUGCAGCCUGGUUGCGAGAACGUCUGCUAUGACCAGGCCUUCCCCAUCUCCCACAUUCGCUACUGGGUGCUGCAGGUCAUCUUCGUCUCCACGCCCUCGCUGGUGUACCUGGGCCACGCCGUGCACAUGGUGCGCGUGCAGGAGAAGCGGAAGCUGCUACGGGAGGCUGAGCGGGCCAAAGAGGUGCGGGCCGCUGGCUCCUACGAGUACCCGGUGGCCGAGAAGACAGAGCUGUCCUGCUGGGAAGAAGUGAAUGGAAGGAUUGCCCUCCAGGGCAGUCUACUCAACACCUACGUCUGCAGCAUCCUGAUCCGCACCACCAUGGAGGUGGCCUUCAUUGUGGGCCAGUACCUCCUCUACGGGGUCUUCCUGGACACCCUGCAUGUCUGCCGCAGGAGUCCCUGUCCCCAUCCGGUCAACUGCUAUGUGUCGCGGCCCACGGAAAAGAAUGUCUUCAUCGUCUUUAUGCUGGCGGUGGCUGGACUGUCCCUUUUCCUCAGCCUUGCUGAACUUUACCACCUGGGCUGGAAAAAGAUUAGGCAGCGAUUUGUCAAGUCCCAGCCAGGCGUUGGUGAGUGCCAGCUUCCUGGUCCCUCGGCUGGCAUAGUCCAGAGCUGCACACCACCCCCUGACUUCAAUCAGUGCCUGGAGAAUGGCCCUGGGGGGAAAUUCUUUAGUCCCUUCAGUAACAAGAUGGCCUCCCAGCAGAACACUGAUAACCUGGCCACGGAGCAGGUGCGAAGUCAGGAGCAGAUUCCAAGAGAAGGCUUUAUUCACAUCCGUUAUGCCCAGAAGCCCGAGGUACCCAAUGAGGGCUCCCCAGGACCCAGCCUCCCCCAUGGCUAUCAGAGUGACAAGCGCCGUCUCAGCAAGGCCAGUAGCAAGGCCAGGUCAGAUGACCUGUCGGUGUGA